AUGUUAAAACCAAGCGAAGAAGAGAUAAUCUUUCUUCCGAAGAAUACGACCUCGAAGACCCAGCCUUUAGAUUCCGGCAUUAUUGCAAAUUGGAAGAUCCACUACAAAAAGCGAAUGCUUCGAUUUAUCUGUAGCAAAGUUUCAGCUACAAUAACUGCGUCGGACAUUGUGAAGUCAAUCGACGUGCUCAUGUCAAUAGAGUGGGGUAAGCAGGCGUGGGAUGAAGUACAGGAAAGCACUAUCAUUAAGUGCUUUAAGAGCACUGGUCUUUACCCUGAUACUGAACUUGUAGACGACGACCCUUUUGAGGGAGAAGACCUUGUACAACAUGAACAAAUCGACACUAUGUUAGCAACACUAGGUGCUCCCUGCACCGCACAGGAUCCAACCCGUGCAAACUGGCCAGACCAGGCCAGGGAGAUUCUAUUUGAAGGUGAAACAAAUAGUGAUGACAAUGAACCCGACGUUAGUAGGGACAAAGGAGACGACCCUGACAUUAGCAGAAGCUACAUUGCAUGGUGA